GUACGAGCAGCAAACCACUCCUAAAUUAAUCGCAGUUACUAAACCCCGAAAUUAUCUCCUUUUGGAGAGUUAAAUACUAUGUUCGUCAUAGCUUGAACUGGAUUAAUAGCUUUAUAUUUAGCUGCUCGCAGAUCCAUCCAACUUUGGUCCUCAUCGCGGUGUUUGGAUUAUAAAUUGGACGUUUUAAGUCUGGUGAAUGCGGUGAAACAUUUCCAUCGUCCUUCCACAUCCAACGCACAUCCCAGCUAAAACCAUGCCGUUCCCAUUUGGGAAGUCUCAAAAGAGCCCUGCAGAGAUUGUAAAGAGUCUGAAGGAGAAUGUGGCAUACUUGGAGAAGCUGGAAUCAUCUGAAAGCAAGAAAUGUGAAAAGGUUGCAGAGGAAGUAUCUAAAAAUCUCUCGUCGUUGAAAGAGGUGCUGUGUGGCACCGGAGACAAGGAGCCUCAGACCGAAGCAGUGGCCCAACUGGCUCAAGAGCUCUACAACACCAACCUCCUCAUUUCCCUCAUAGCAAAUCUACAGAGGAUUGAUUUCGAGGGAAAGAAGGAUGUGGUGCAUCUGUUUAGCAACAUAGUACGUCGCCAGAUUGGUGCUCGCACGCCGACUGUGGAGUACAUCUCUUCUCACUCACAAAUCCUCUUUAUGCUGCUGAAAGGCUAUGAAACUUCAGAAGUGGCUCUAAACUGCGGAAUGAUGCUGAGGGAGUGUCUGCGUCAUGAUCCUCUUGCCCGAAUCGUUCUGUUCUCUGAGGAUUUCUACUGCUUCUUCCGCUAUGUGGAGAUGUCUACCUUUGACAUUGCCUCUGAUGCUUUUGCAUCAUUUAAGGAUCUCCUGACAAGACACAAGAUCAUGUGUGCUGACUUCUUGGAGACAAAUUACGACAGAGUGUUCACAGAGUAUGAAAAGCUGCUGCAUUCUGAAAAUUAUGUCACCAAGCGCCAGUCUCUGAAGCUCUUGGGAGAACUACUGCUGGACAGACACAACUUCACAGUCAUGACCAAAUACAUCAGUCGAGCUGAGAACCUAAAGCUGAUGAUGAAUAUGUUGAGAGACAACAGCCGCAACAUCCAAUUCGAAGCCUUCCACGUCUUUAAGGUGUUUGUGGCAAACCCCAAUAAGACACAGCCUGUGCUGGACAUCCUCCUCAAGAAUCAGUCCAAGCUGGUGGAGUUCCUGAGCCACUUUCAAACGGACCGUUCUGAAGACGAGCAGUUCUGUGAUGAGAAGAACUAUCUCAUUAAGCAGAUCCGGGACCUCAAACGGCCUGCACCGGCAGAGGAGUCCUAAUGGGAAGAUGUGGAGCGUAGAACCGGGGCGCUCGGCUAGUGACAUGGUUUGAUUUAUGUGGGGUGAGAUUUGGAUUGAAGGGAAAGUCAAAGAACGAAACAAAGAAAGGCAUCGCUGGGAAUAAAUCUUUUUCAUAUAACCUGGUUGAGAAAUGCUGUCAGGAUGUGCAAACACAUGUCUGUCCCUUUAUUUGGGGCGAGCAGGUUUUUGCUGCAGGAGGAGCAUGUGGAACUGAAACACUCCAUUUAAACCUAUAUACAAUUUGAGCACUGCCCUUACAAAAGAAGGCAAAUCGAUUCGCCUUCAUAUGGUAAAUUAAAACAUUUAUCCAAAUUCAUCCGUUCAGGGCUUUUUAAUAUUGUUUUUAAAAGUUAGAGUAAGCACAUUGGUACAGGUAUGGCUUUGCAUAUUUGCACUAAAUCUGAGAGCUUUGCUUCAGGUUGGCCAUUAGUGCCAGUUCUUAAUCUCGCAACAAGAAAACCAAAUGUUAAUGAACACACAAAGAAAAAAUACUAGAUCAUAAAUACAGUAGAGUAUGGGGCCAUCUUUCCAGCAGACGAACACCAAUUUAAUGGGACAUUCUCACGUUUAAACUAGUUAAAGGACAUUAAAGCAUUUUAAUAGCCAGAAAAUGUCAUGUGGUUAAGCAAAACCUUAUCUUUGAGGAAAAAUAGCCCGGGGAGUUCAGUGGUCAUGCUGCACUCCAUUUCCAAUUUUAACUGGGUGCCUUAUUUAAAAAGUUUGCUCAUUCUGGGUCUUCUAUUACAUUUAUUUAUCUAUAACAUUGGAUUUGUAGUAUUGCUCUGCUUUUGCUUGGGUUAACACCUUUAGGAGUACUAGUUUUAUUUUAAACUAUUAAAACAUUAUGUGAAAUAACUGAAAAGGUAAUACUCCUUUAAAAAAAUUUUCUCAGUUAAAAAGAGGUUCACCCCAAAAUUUUGUAAUUUACUGACACCCAGGCAAUCCAAGAGGUGACCCCUUUUUCCAGUAGAUUUUAGUUAACCUUGAUCUUGAUUAGAUUUCAAUUUAAAAUGAAUAUCACUGGCUGUUGGCAUGUUUAGAGCUAAAAAAAAAA